UCCUUGGACUCCUUGAUACAACAACACCGUCCACACACGGCAGCAUGUGAAGUGAUGUUUACCUUCAUGUAAACGAUAUACAGUACUUCUAAAAGAAGAGGAUAUUAACGGUGUGAGAACUUAGAUGAAAAUGGAGGAUAUUUACGACAAGUUUAAAUUUCUAAUAAAGAAACCCGAGGACUUUUUAAGGCCUAAUAGUAAACUUCAGGAAGCAUGGGUGGAACAGACAAAGAGAAUAUACAAUUUUUUGAAAGCAGAAGAGAGGAAAUAUAAUCUUCCCAUCCCAGAAAAUGCACUUCCUCAACUUUUCACAGAUGGACUUGAUGCUGAACAGGGUGUCAUAUGGCGUGAACCGAAGCCCUGUAAGCUCACGUCAUAUGACGUAAACCAAGACUGAGGAUUAAGGAUUCCCUGGGUCCUAAGCUUCAUGCUUUUGAUAGAUUUGGCAGCUGGUGGAACUACAGAACAAACCUCUUUUGGCUGUUCCAGGUGACUUUGAAGAACUUGAUGACAUGAACCUUUGUUUUAUGGUGGCUAAACUUAGUAGUUUAGCCAAGUAUAACAAACUGUCACUAGAAGAAAGUGAGAGAAGUGAAAAAUAUAAUGGAGAACUGGAUGAGGGGAUUGGAGGGAGCAGUGAUGAGGAAGAUGAUGUUAGCAUGGAGGAGGAAGAUGAGGAAGAUUUACAGCUAGACAGGUCAAAAAACAAUGAGAAAUUAAAAGGUAAUGAUAUCAGUGAUAGUGACAAUGAAGAGCUUUUUGAAAAGCCAGAGGAUAUCAAUGAUAUAGGAUUAAAUUGUGAAUUUGGUGAUGAUAGUGAGGAUGAGGAGGACAAUUUUGAUGAGUUGAUUGCACCAGAAGGACAAGAUUCUGAUGAAAAUGAAGAGGUUGAUAAUGUAAAAAAUGAUGAUAAGGGUGAUGACAUAGAUUAUGAAGAUAUGAAAGAAAAAAGAAGAGAAAGAGAUAAGGCACCAAAAUUUGGCACUACAUCGGUUGACACAAAAUUUUUCAAACUCCGAGAAAGUGAAUGGGUAGCUGACAAUGAUGCCAUUGGUGAUAACUAUGACGUAGACUCAGAAGAUAUAGACUUCAUGGCAGACAUUUCUGAAGGAAGUGAUGAGGAGGAAGGUGCCAUGUAUGAUAAUUUUUUUGAUGGUGUAUCAGAAGAUAGAGUUAAAACAAAUAAAGCAAAGAAGCUGUCAGAACUUUUAUGUGGGGAUGAAAUGGAAGAUAAUGAAGAAGAUGAAGAGGACAAUGAUGAUGAUGAUGGUGAUAAUGGAGAACAUUUUGAUAAUGAUAGAGUUGAGAAAGAAGAUAGUUUAAGUGAUGAAGAAGAAGGACCUCAUAAGCUUUUGGGUAUCCCCAAAAAAGAGGUAAAGUCCACAUUUGAGAAAGAGCGAGAAAAAGAACUAAAGGUUAUAGAAACCCUAGAAGAAGCUAAUACAAGUGAAAAGCCCUGGUACUUACGUGGAGAAGCUGUGGGUAUUGACCGUCCAGAAAAUUCUGCAUUAGAAGAGCAUAUGGAGUAUGACAUCGUUGCUAGACAGAGACCAGUGAUCACUGAAGAUACAACAUCACUAGUUGAAAAGAUGAUAAUGAAUCGCAUCCGCAUAAAGGCUUGGGAUGAUGUUGAGCGGAAAGUGAAGCCGACUCAGGAUCCUUAUGAAUACAAAAAGAAACUUCUCCUUGAUCAAGAGAAAAGCAAGAAGAGUCUGGCUGAAAUUUAUGAGGAGGAGUACCAGAAACAACACAAGAAGGGUACUGAGGAUGGGGAAGAGGAGCCCAAGGAACAUAAGGAGAUAAGUGAGAGAAUGGAAAAGCUUUUCAUUAAACUUGAUGGCCUCUCCAACUACCACUACACACCCAGACAGACAUGUGCAGAAGUGAAGAUCCAGACUAACUUGCCAGCCAUUAAUAUGGAAGAAGCCACACCUGUAACAGCAAGUGAUGCUACACUUCUGGCUCCUCAAGAGAUAUUGGAACCUGUACGAGGUGAACUACGGGGGAAAACAGAACGCACAAGCACAGAUAAAAUGCGUGAGCGAAGGACAAAGAAGGCUCACCAGAAGAAGAGAGCCAAGAUGCAGGAGGCUAAGUUGAAAGCAAAGAUGAAGAAGGCAGGACCAGAUGGAAAGCUUGAUGUUAAAUCCACAAUGAAGGUUAUUGAAAAGGCUGUCAAGUCAGGACAAGUGAAAGUGUUGGAGGGGAAGCAAAACAAGGUAGUACGUUCCUCACAGACCUUCUUUAAGCAACUGCAAGAGGAUGCUACUAAAAAGAUGAAAGAGAAGAGGAAUGAAGGUCACAGUAAGAAAAAUAAAAGAACAGAAAACAAGUCUGCAUCCAAAUAUUUACUAUAGAAUAGCUGCAAAUUCUUUGGUAUGAUUUUUUUGUAAUUUAUUUCUAUAUGCUAAUAAAGUGGAUACUUCAAGAUGCAAUAAAUUUUGUAAAGUAAA